AAAUUUAUUAUCAAAAAAUGUCUGUUUACUCAACUCAAUCGUUACAUUUGUAAUAAUAAUUGUGCUUUUUUUUUUAUUAAAUUAACAUCCGUUUCAUUUAAUUUACAAUUUUGGGAUCGUACAAUUCUAUAAAAAUGUCGUUAUAUGAUGAUUUUGACAAACAUCGAGCUUCAGAUAAAGUUGCUGGAUGGUCAUCAGGAAUUAAACUUCUACAAUCACAAUUACAGUUGAAAAAAGCUGCGAUCACGCAGCCUAAACGAGAACAAUACAGGAAAGCUACUACAGUAUUACCGCCAGUGAUUGAUCUAAAAUCUAAAGCAUUAAACAGAGAUGCUGAACGUGAUGAAGAAGUCUCCAAUUCAAGCAUUUUUCCAAGUACCGGAGGAAACACAGCUAUUUCCGGAGAAUUUGAUUGGAAUGUUGUUAAUGAAUAUGAUCCCAUGUGGCCAAAUGAAUAUGAAAAAGUCGUGAAAGAGUUACGAGAUAUUCAUGAUAGGGAAUAUGACAAAGAAGCAGAACAGAGGAAACGUAGAAGAGAUACGAGUCGCUUUGAAGAACCACAGAUACCCACACCAACUGGCACAAUGAUUGCCCCUGAAAGAGAUGAAGAACGAACUCCAACAUCAAGAGUAAUAGCCGGAGGAGCAGCCAUAGCUCCACCACCAUCACUACAAGAGUCUUCAGAAAUUACAGCUGCUCCGUCUACCCCAACUCGAACUACCACGACUCCGGGACUUGGAUACACAACUUCAUCUGUUGCUGCAAAAAUUAUGGCAAAAUAUGGAUUUAAAGAGGGUCAAGGUCUUGGAAAAAAAGAACAAGGAAUGUCUGUUGCCUUACAAGUUGAAAAAACAAGUAAACGUGGCGGUAGAAUUGUAAGUGAAAAAGAGCAAUUAAUGCCUCCACCACCUCUAUUUCCUUCACCGCCUUCUAAUACUCAAGCACCGACUGAAGAACCAACGAUUACAGAAAUUAUGAAGAGUCCAAGCAAGGUUGUACUUCUACGAAAUAUGGUUGGACCAGGAGAAGUAGAUGAAGAUCUCGAACCAGAAGUCAAAGAUGAAUGUAAUACUAAAUAUGGAGAUGUAGCUAGAGUAUUAAUUCACGAGAUUCCUGAUGCCCAUCCAGAAGAAGCAGUUCGUAUUUUUGUGGAGUUUAAGAGAAUAGAAAGUGCAAUUAAAGCAGUAGUUGACUUAAACGGCCGAUUUUUUGGUGGAAGACAAGUUAAAGCGGGUUUUUAUGCGAGUGAAAAACUGGAUAGUCUUCAACUUAUGGAUUGAAAUUAGAGGUAAUUUAAAGUUUUAGUGUAAAGCUUCAAUCAUUAAUUAUAAAUUUCCUUCUAAUGUUUUAACAUUAUUGAAGAAUUUUCGUCUUCUUAUGUUCAAUAAAGAAUUUAUUGAAUAAUUUUUUUCUAUCAAUAACAAAUUGUAAAUAGUUCACCAUCUUCUUGAUUAUUCAACGUAAAUAAAGUUCAUUUUUAAAUAUA